GUCACAGGAAGCACAUGUAAACAAAGAAAACUGUUGUGGAAGUUUAUUGACUUUUUCAACUUCAGAUGGGUUUGUUUACAUAUGUCAAACUCAUCAGAAGAUUCACAAGCUGUUCAGGAAGAUGCCAUGAAGGAUGAAGAAGAGGAGGAAGUAGAUUCAGAAGAGGAUGGUGAUUCCUUACAGAAGGCUAAGCAAGCUCUUACAGGGCGUGGAGUCACAUUGUCAGACUUGAUGAAUGAUGGUCUGAUCCAUGCAGGACAGAACGUAUUGUCUAUUGACUACAGGGGUCAGCGUUUUGAAGCAGACUUGCUUCCUUCUGGUAAGAUUCGUUGGCAAGGAUCAGAGGAAGAGUUCAGCACCCCUAGUGCUUGGGCAACCCACUGCAAACGGCUUGUGAAUCCUAUCAAACGUUCUGGCUGUGGCUGGGCUUCAGUGAAAUAUAAAGGCCGCAAACUGGAUACGUGGAAGACUGUGUGGUCCCGAAAACAUCGGACAAAUAGUCCAUAUCGCAGCAAUUCUCCUUAUCAGGCAGCAGCAGAUGUUCAAAAUGGCUCGAGUCCAGGUCUUUCUUGUGGCCAAGAAAAUGGUAAACAAAUUGGAGAACCACAAGAUAUUGUGGUUCCCAAAUCUCCAGUUUCAGAAACAACAUUUGCUUUGGCUGGUCCACCACCUCCAGUUACAAAUAGUGUUUCAUCUGCAAUCAGUGCCUCAAAACCUCAACCAUACACAAGCGUUUAUAAUCAGGAAGUACAGGAAGAAGCUCUCAAUCUCUCCAUGUCUGGUCCUCAUGCGGUCGGUAAAACUAAUGGUUCAGCAGAUGACAGUAAGAUCAUGGACAGUAAAAGUGUCAGUCCCUGUUCCAGUGCCUCUUCACAGCAAAACUUUACAUCCAAGUGUCAGGCGUCAGUCUCUUAUUCUACCCUGGGUUCACGUAGUAUUGACCAUAAUCCAAACACUUUUGUGAAGUGUGAACAUUUUGCCACACUUGGUAGAACACAGCCAUUCACUGUCUCCAUUUCUACAAAUGCAAUGCUCUUAAUGGAUUUCCAUAGUCAUCUGACAACUUCAGAAGUCGUUGGUUACUUGGGUGGCCACUGGUCCCAACAGACGCAUCAUGUGAGGAUCACUCAGGCUUUUCCUUGUAAAUGUCGUCUCGGUGACAUUGACAAGGCACCAAUUGUUGAAGAGGAGAUUCGACAGGGUAUGGUGAAACAGGGAUGCAGUUUGGUUGGAUGGUACCAUAGUCACCCACACUCUCAGGCAGAUCCAACUUUAAAGGACAUAGACUGCCAAACAUCUUACCAACUUCGCAUGAAGGGACCUGGUGGUGUCUAUCUUCCUUGUCUCGGGCUUAUUUUCUCACCAUACAACAAACGAGCAACUAAAUCAGAGUCCAGCUUCGAGGCAUUUUGGAUUUUGCCACCUCCAGAGCACCUGCCAACUGGCUAUGGGAUGCCUAUGCACAUGAAGUGCAGUCUUCACCAAAGCAGCUCACUUUCUGAAGAACUUUUGAGCGAAAUGAAUCAGCUUGCUGACUACUACAGGGCAGCACCUGACAGGGUGAGAUGGAGGGAGCUGUGGACUGAUAGUUUGACAUUUAUGGAAAAAAUUAAGUUUUAUGAAGACGGAUCAGCUUUUAAAGAAAAAAGAUAAAGCUGUCCAGACACAGUUUAAUUUUUUAGAGAUAACUGGAAAUUUGACUUUCUACUGGGUACAUUUAUGUCAUAGCUUGUCUGUGCUGACAAGUUCAUAAAAACAUUCAUAAUUUCGAAUAACAGAAAGCUGAACUUAAGACUGCUGUUUAUAAAUAAAUAGAAUAAUGAGAACAAUGAGAAUCAACAAAAAAGGUAAAAUGAUGUGAACUUAUGUGGGAAAAGGUUCUGAAACCACCAAUUUUUUGGAGCCAUAAAUUUAAUGGAUGAAAGUUAUCUGAUAAUUAUCCUGUGUGCAUUAGCCGUUUUAGGGCAAAAGAAUUAUUUAAAAACCCAGUCAGCACUUCGGUGUGAGGACAAUUUUCUUUAGCAAACCAUUGUUGCAUUUUUGAGCCCCCUUUAAGUAGACAGUAUGACUAGUCAUAACCUCACUCAGGCUUGAAAUCAAGUGGUACUGAUCAAAUAACAUGGACACAACACAGUGUCAAGGAAAUCGAAAAUCCAUCCCAUAUGAUGCCGUCCCUUCACUUUCUGUGGAAAUUUUAGGUAAUUAUUGCUGUAUAUUAUGGAAUCAUAUGCAGAUGUAAAGAUGUUUUUGUUUACAUACAUGCUCAUAGUCAUACACACAUUUGUGUACACUUGGAUCGGCCCGUGCAAUUGUAUGCAUGAAAUAUAUAUGCAUAUCAUUUGCUUUUAAAUGUUAAAAUUUGUUUGCCAUUUUGCAUAUACAAUGUUCACAUUCAGGUUUUGUUGUUAAAACAGGAUGUAUUUGUAAAAAGGAAAAAUAGUAUAAAGGCAGCAGAAACAUCAGUUCCCUUUAACGUGGGAAACUGAGUACUCUCUGUUCCUAUGUUAUUUAUCAUCUUUGCUUAGAAUUCCUUUGGUAGUAGUUUAAAUAUUUAUUUUUGCACAGGUUAUAUGUGAUAUUUAGUGCUGGCUAAACUAUGUGCUUGUGUGAUGUCAUUAAUAUGCUCUGAUCAUGACUGUUAUUCUUAUGAAAAUAAGACUUCUACUUUCCCAGGUGAUAUGACCAUAGUAAUUUGUUUUAGCAGCCAUCUUUUAGCAUUUAAAUGGCAUCAUCAGAGAUGACAGACUAUGAUUUUUUUGUAAACUGAGUGUUAUCAGUUCUAUGACUUCUUAAUAUGUUUGAGCUGGCCUUUCUUCCACUCUGGAAGUUGCAACAAACUAGUUAAAAAGGCCAGAAGCUUAUAUCCAUCCACAAAAAAGGACCAUCAUAUCCCUUGUGUUAUCUAGUCGAUCAGUGCAGAUUCAGUUUAAAGUUUAGGGGACACACAUUUUGCUCUCAUUACUUUCUAAGUGGUUUGCCAUGGCAUGCUGUCAUCAAUUAGAAUAAUAGUCAUAUCUUAUACUGCAGUGCUAUAAUCUGUCAAGUUCCAUGAAGUAAUAAUUUUUUUUUACAUUAUUCUAAAAGGGAUGCCUUGUAAGCACUUCUAAAAAAGAAAAUUUAAUUGUUUUUUGCAUGGUUAACAUCUAAAUGCAAGAAGGGCAAGCAGAAUAAGCAUUAUUUUGUCUUACUAGCUGGCUCCAUGUGGUUUCAAGUAGGCUUCUUUCGUACAUGUAUAGAUGUAAAAAUGGUGCUAGAAAAAACAGUUUCAUUUUUUUUCUGUCAUCUACAUCUUGCUCUGCAUGAUCACAGAACUUGCAUGCACUCUUAACAUGUUUCAUCAGUUCCUCAAGAGCUGUGCAGACCAAUUGUGAAUUUAUUCAUGACAUGUUAAAAAUUAAAAAAAAACAAGUUUU